CCCCCGGUGCUUGUACCGAGCAUCCUCCCGGCGCCCUCCGUACCGUCAGCCCCGGCACCGCCCCGCCCUGCGAGCCCGCCCCUCCUCAGCUCGGUGACAUGGCCACGGAUGUGGCCGAGCCCGUGGUCCCUGAGUGCAGAGGGGACGGCAGGAGCGGAGCCAGGUCCGACGCCGAUUACCCCCUGCGGGUGCUCUACUGUGGAGUCUGUUCGUUGCCAACAGAGUACUGUGAAUACAUGCCUGAUGUGACUAAAUGCAGACAAUGGUUAGAAAAGAAUUUUCCAGAUGAGUUUGCAAAACUUACAGUAGAAAAUUCACCUAAACAGGAAGCUGGGGUUGGAGAAGGCCAAGGAAAUGUGGGAGGAGGAGAAGAAGAGGAGAAGAAGAAGCAAAAGAGAGGUGGAAGAGGUCAGAUAAAACAGAAGAAGAAGACUGUACCACAGAAAGUUACGAUAGCUAAAAUUCCCAGAGCAAAGAAAAAAUACGUCACAAGAGUGUGUGGCCUUGCCACAUUUGAAAUUGAUCUUAAGGAAGCACAAAGGUUUUUUGCUCAGAAAUUUUCCUGCGGUGCCUCAGUAACAGGAGAAGAUGAAAUCAUCAUUCAGGGGGACUUCACAGAUGACAUUAUUGAUGUAAUCCAGGAGAAGUGGCCUGAGGUGGAUGAUGACAGCAUUGAAGAUCUUGGAGAAGUCAAGAAGUGAUAAUGGAGGACUACCUUUAUUUAAUUAUAUGGUUAUAAAUGAUAUAGCAAAAGUGAGGCUUCUAAAUCCAUUUGCUCUGCAGUGAAACUGUGGAGAACCCAUGUCCUUGGCAUUCUCACUGUUCUGUAUAGGCUGCUUGGUUUUCUUUUUUGUUUUUGGGUUUUUUUUGUGAUAUUUGCCAAAGUUAAAUUGGGGUUCUACCAUGCUUAAGCAUGAAGUAGAUUUAAAUAAAAUUACUGUUCCUCACUGAA